AUGUAUGGCGAGGUUGGGCUUGACAGGACCACUUCAAUAUUCUUCGAAUGGCCUCGACAUUCGUGGAGCACACGGCGCUCUGGACGAGCAUUGGCUUCGAUGUGCUCCGCGUCCCAUAUCAAAAGGCCAGUGUUAUCGCCGGCAGCCGCGAGGCGGGUGCCGUCGAGGUUCCAUGUUACUGCUGAAACAACUUUGCGGUGCCCCAAGAAGUGCUUCGUCUCAAGCGAGACGAAAGGGUGCAUGUCUAAACUGGUGGUGGCCGGAGAAUUAUCAGUGCCUAGGGAGAUCUGGCUGGCUUGGUGCGAUCUCGAAAGCGAUACGCAUUCUCUUGAAUGUGAUACUGAGCUGUGGCGCCGUUUAGUGAGCGCGGGAGAGGGUGCCGGUUGCCGACAUUACUUUUUCAAGGCUGAUGAUUCCUCAACAUUGCGAUCUGUUACUCGGUAG